UUUUGUCCUUUUUCAGUUUCAUUUUUAACAAAAUAUUCAUCUUUUUACAAAUUUUUCAUAAAAUUCUAGUUCAUAUUUUCAAUUCUUUUAAUAAAAGUUUAUUUUAUAAAGAACUGUUCAACAAAGAGCUAAAGAAAAUGUAUCUCAAAUUAUUCAAUUAAUUCUUUAUCAAUUCAAUUUAAUAUCAUCAACUUUUUCAAUCUCUUUCUCAAUUAAGUUGUUUUAUACAAUUUUCAAAAUUUAUAGUUUUCUGUUUGUUUUCAUUUACAUCUAUAAACCACCAUACCCAUCUAUUAGUUUAUUAAUUCAGGAUAAUUGGUAAUAAUUCGUAUUGCUUUGCUUACAUCCGUUUUUUGCAAAAUGUAGUUCCGGUUUAUUGAGCAACAAAUUAACUGCAAACUUUGAAUCAAUCAAAAAACGUAUAAAUUUAAUCAAUAAACAAAUAGGUUUUGCAAAAAAUUAGGAAUAAAGUUUAAAACUAAUCAACAAAUUUUUGAAAAUAAAUAAUUUCCGUAACAAAUUUUCAACUGCAUUUUUUACGAAUUACUACAGUCCAAAUAGUUUCAAUGUUAUAAAAAUUAACUAAUAGUGCAAAAACUAGCUGUCACUAGUGAUAAUGACUUUCAAAAUGUAUGACCCUGAAGGGUUUUUUUUUAAAUAUUUUACUAAAAUUUAGUUUCAAUUUUAAUUAAAAUUGGCGUAUCUAUACAAACAUAUUAUACGAACUAGUAUUUUUUCUAUAUAUUACUCAUAUAUUUAUUAAAAAGUGAAUAGAAUGACCAAACCAACUGGCAGCCAACGCUGAGUUUUAUAUAUGACUGGUUGAGACGUGUGAAAAUUACAAUUACGUGACUAAAACAUGUUAAAAACUCUAAGUGGUGUUUGGUUGAGAGUAAAAACAAACAGUCAUGAAUCCUUCUUAAAAAUGUAGAGAUACUAGUAAAUACUAGUUAUUUGUUUGUGUGAAGAUACAAAGUUUGUGUGUUUCUGAUCCUAGAAACGCUAUCAAUGUGUUAACACAGUUACACUCACACAAAAAAGAAAACAUAUUCACUUUUAGAUUUGUGAGUAUGUGUAGAUAAAAUAGCAGGAUGGCAAGCAAUCAUUAAAGCGGAAAUAAUACAAAACUGUUGCUUGCUUUCCGGUUAGAAAGCAACAGUAGAAAAAAAAAUACCAAGCAAAAGAAGCACGUAACUAUAAUUUGGUUGGUAUUCGCCACUUGAAGGUUUCUCCAUUACAUUCAUUUAAACCAAAAUUGUUGAUUUCUAAUGUAUGUCUGUGUAUAUUUGUUUGCAUUUAAAAUAAAUGUUUGUCUGCUGUUGCAUACAUGUUUUCUUUCGUUUUUAAAAUGUACUCUAUGUAUAGAUAUGUAUGUAUGAAUGUGUAUAUUUUCAAAAGUAUUUGAGUUAUGAAUGUGUUAAAUAUUAGAUUUUACUAGUUAUUAAAUAUGUUUUUCUUACACACUAACAAUUAUCAAACAAUUUUCAAAUGUUAUUAAUGUUUAUCAGUUGUGACCUUCGUAUUCAGGAUAUAUGAAGAAAUUUUCUUUAAACGUCUUAUUUCGUAUUCUUUAAUUUGAUUUCAAUCUUGUUUUAUGUGUAGUAUAUUUUCCGUAAAAGCUAUUGAAGCUUUCCAUGCAUUAAAAUGAUGAGAACAUAAACCUAUCCGAUUAGAUACAGUAUCAUUAUAGUAUAAUUUUUUUAGGUUAAUUAAAUAUCUUUGUUUUCAAACUUCUCCACUAUUAAAAAAAUGUAAAUAAAACUAGUCAAUGCGCAUUGUUUGGCAAACGUUAUGACAAACUCUUUUUACAAAUUUGUUAAAUAUAAUAAAAAUAACCGAAUCAUCAUGUUUUUAAGUAAAUUUACCUAAAUCUAUAAAAUGCAAAAGAAAAAUAUAAAUAAUUGUUGAAAAUUGUUAAGUUUCUUUAAUACUUUAGCAUUUUCAAACAUCUUAAUUAAAUCUUAAGAGGGCAGGGAGUCAUAUGCCAUAUACAAAUAAAUAAUUUUGCUUUAUCAUAUGCUAUAAAAUAAUGACAAUAACACUUAGCCUAGUAAUAAAUUUAUCAUCACUUUGUUGUCAAUAACUAGGGAUCCAAUGAAAGUGUAAAAUACUCCAGUAUUUGCUUGAUGAUAACGCAACAAGCUUUUAUUACAGACUAUUUUACCGGAAAGAUAAAUUUUAAUUUACAUAAUUAAAAAUAAAUCAAAUAAAUUUUAACACAAAUUGUUAAGGAAUGAAAGCAAAGCAUUUUGAUUUAGUCUUAUUAAGACCUGGAGAGUGGAAAGAAUGGGUUUCAAAAAUGCUAUGCUAUUCCUAGUGUUAGCUAUACUGCAAUUAACUGAGCAGUUAUCCUUACCUAGUGAUCCUACUUACAAUGCUGGUGUAGUGGAAUUUAUACCAGCCAUGAAUGGCCAAGGAAAAGUUUUAGUUAAAGACAAUUUAAAACGCAUGAAAAAUAUUAUAGAAUCUGAACAAACUAAGGAUUUGGAUAUAUUAGUUUUUCCCGAAUUUGUUUUAAACAAUCUGGAUAUGAUGACUUUUGUGCCAGAUCCUAAGGAUAAUAUUGUACCCUGUGAAUUGCCUAAUUAUGAUUGGUUUCUAACCGAAUUAUCCUGUGCCGUACGCAGUCGUAAAUUGUAUGUUGUGAUUAAUAUAGUGGAAAAGUUUGAAUGUCUUGCCUCAGAAGAACAUUGUGACGAUGAUGGUUUAAAGAAAUACAAUACAAAUAUAGUAUUUGAUCGUCAGGGUCGUGUUAUCUCACGCUAUCGUAAAACUCAUUUGUAUCGCUAUGAAUGGUAUAAGGAAAGUGUUUUGCCACAAGCUGAGUUGGCCACUUUUACCACAGACUUUGGGGUAACUUUUGGUCAUUUUAUUUGCUUUGAUAUGUUGUUUUAUGAACCAGCUAUGGUUUUAAUACGACAAUUAAAUAUAACCGAUAUUGUUUAUCCUACCUAUUGGUUCUCGGAAUUACCUUUCUUAACGGCUGUGCAACUGCAAGAAGGUUGGGCUUUUGCCAACAAUGUUAAUUUAUUGGCUGCCGAUGGCAGUUAUCCUGCCGGACAAAAUACUGGUUCGGGUAUUUUUGCAGGUCGCUUAGGUCGUCUUACUGCCGUUAUAAAUGAAGUACCCACUACUCAGUUACUUACAGCCAAAGUGCCGAAACGUCAAAAUUUAUCCAACUAUCAGUUACCUCCAGUGGUUAAACCUUUAUUUGAGCCUAAAUUAGAAAGUAAUCGUUACACAAAAUUGGAUUUAUUACGUGAUUACAAUGUGGAUAUUUUCAAUACCAGUCUGCUAGAGGAGUCCUUUACCCAAGUCAAUGAAACGUUAUGUCAUCAUAAUUUCUGUUGCAGUUUUAAUGUACAAAGAGUGAAAAUUGCCGAUUCUAUUAAACACAGUUCCUACCGCUAUCGUUUGGCUGCGUACCAAGGUUCUCAGACCACUUUCCAACGUAUUGACAGCAGCAAUCAAAGUGUGUGCGCUUUAAUAGCCUGUACUGGUAGUGAGUUGUAUACUUGUGGACAUAUUUUCCCCGAAAGUGUUUUAGUGGGCAAUAAAUACUACUUCAGUACUAUAAAUAUAACUGGUAAUUUUAUAAAAUCCAAUAGACGUUUAAUAAUGCCCAGCACUGUUAAUUCUGUUAUGUUACCUUUGACUGUAGACAGUUUUGAGUGGAAGGAAUUGGACAGUAAUUCUUCCACUAACAUACAAAUGAAUUUGCAAGGACCUCAACAGGAUCUCUUAACAUUCGGCAUAUGGGCCAAUUACUAUAGCACUGUCAAGAAUGCGCACAACCUGUAUACAGUGACCAAAAAUGCACCAAAACCAUUACACAAUUCGGCUUUUUCGUUGAAUACAAUUUUUAAUAAUAUAUUAGUUUUGGGUUUGUUAAUGUUUGUUGCUAACAAUUUGUAAAAAACAAUCUAAAUUUUAGGAAAUAUUGUUCCUAAAAUAAAACUCUCACAUAAAUUUAAACAUUAUCCACUUAUUUUGUACUCACUGUAAUCGUAUGCUUGAAAGGGUUUAUAACACUGUAUACUCUUAUUAAAAAAAAUACAUGUACUAAUACAUUUUUAAUGUGGAUGUCCUUGUACCUUGACAUACACAGAGUGUUUAUUGUUUAAUCUUUAA